AUGAACUCGUCGUUUGUGAGCCACGGAUGUCAAUUAAUGGACUUGCAGAGUCGCCAAUUUGUUGUCUACGAGGAAGUUUUGGUGAGUGAUCAGGGACCACUCGAGUAGAGACCCAUCGGAUUGCAGGAAAACUUCGAAGAGAAAUGUUGCGAGAAGCACGAGCCGACACGGAAAGCGAUUGCUGGAUACGCUCGUUCGGCGUUCAGAAUGCUGAAGCUGGAGUGGGCUGUGGUGAGUCUUUGGUCCCGGAACGCUAAUAGUCUUACUUAUCAGAGAGAACACCAAGAGCACCGUGAACUUUGCAAUUUGGCCGAGCAGUUGAACGUGGAUUAUAGAGACGUCACCAAAUUCAAGGACAACUUUCUCUAUCACGUACGUUUCCACUCAAAAAUGUCAGAAAUUAAUAAACAGGCCAGUUUCAGCGGUUCUCACUGAUACUAGCCUCGUGGUGCAUGCAGCUCACGAAAAUUCAGGCUCACUUCCAAGCCGCCCAUGUGCACAGGGUGAGCAGGAAUCAUGAAAUACCCCAUGAGUAUUGGUAGUUUCAGCUAAUGACGCUCAAAAUGCCACCGGGAAGUCACGAAGUAUCAGAGAAUCAACUGAUUGUUCAGAUUCACACCGCUAAUGUUCGAAAUUUUUCUGGAGAUCGUCUUAUUUAAAACGUUUCAGCUAAGCUACCUGGCCCUGCAAGUUAUUGAUCCACUGAACCCGAUCUUCUUAUAUCUAUUGCUCCAAAUCGCCGAAAGAUCACGUACGCACAGCAGUCCAAUGGUAUUCCACGUAAAAACCAACAGAUCCCUCUCAAAGUUAAUAAUCUGGAUUUCAGUUGAUUUCUCUUGGCAUUGAGUUCGUCAUCCGGACCAUCAAUAGGAAAAUGCAUCGUUUCAUCAACUGAUAAUUCAUGACCACACAUUCACGCAGACCCCUUCACAUAACUCUCGCUUAUUAUCGAUCUCUUUUCCGCUCUUCCACUGUUUUUGUGAUUUGUGAACGGCAAAUUAUUCAAAAAUUAAUAUUCUCGCUUCUCAUACGUGUCCAUCUACAAUUUCAAUGUUGUCUAUGUAUUUUACUAAUCGUUACUAUCACUUCAGAAAAGAAAUCAGUAAUGGAUCUGGAUCUGUCUGUGACUGCAUUGACCGAUAUGGCGGUCGAACCGGAGGACCAGCAAGAUCUGCUCGAAAGCGUCGACGCUCUUUUCCGUCAGGCCUACUUUGGUUUUAAUGAGAGUCCGACUGCGACCCUUAUGGAACUGUACGCGGUUGAAGCGCUUUCUGCGAUAUUCGGACAGCAAUAUGAGUACAUCGCGGAGUCGUCCAACGUCGACGGUAUUACCCAGAUCUCUGUGCGCAUGUUUCCGACGGACUACCGUGUUCCAUUGUUUCGGGACCUCCAGUACCGUUUGUACUGCAACUUCUGCUGCGGCGAGCACCUUCGUGCUGUCAACACAUACGUCCAGAUCCUCGAGCACAUUCUCUCCAGAAGAUCCGAGUGGCUUGACGAGGUUAGCUAUUUCCUAUUCCAUCAUCCCCUCGUGGUCAUUUUCAGCUGAUCGACUACGGCUACAACUUCGUCCUCUCCAACAUUUACCGUCUCUUCGUGGCCAUGAACAACCAUCGCCGCAAGCUUGGACUGAUCACAAUGUACUGA